UGGGGUGGUGGUGGUGGUGGUGGAGGGGGGGGGAGAGACAUUAACGGGACAUGGAGGCAUCCGUGGUCAAAGAUGAGUCGAAGGGGGGCCCCGUGCUGCACGUAGCCGUCGUGGGCUUCCACCACAAGAAGGGCUGCCAGGUGGAGUUCUCGUAUCCGCCUUUGCUGGAGAAAGAGGGACAUGACAGCCACAGCCUACCCGAGGAGUGGAAGUACCUGCCCUUCCUUGCGCUACCAGAUGGAGCUCACAACUUCCAGGAGGACACGGUGUUUUUCCUUCUUCCUGCCCGUGACGGAGAGAAAGGAACGGUGUACGGUGUUUCCUGCUACAGGCAGAUUGAAGCAAAGACACUGAAAGUCCGUGAAGCAGAUGUGACCAGGGAGACGGUGCAGAAGAGUGUCUGUGUGCUCAGCAACACGCCACUGUUUGGUCUGCUGCAAGCAAAGCUGCAGCUCAUUACGCAUGCCUACUUCGAAGAGAAGGAUUUUUCUCAGAUUUCAAUCCUCAAGGAGUUGUACGACCAUGUGAACAGCUCCCUCAAGGGAAGCCUAUUGGAAGGCUCCCAAGCGUUCCUCGGUCUGUCUGCACGUGAUCUGGUGUUGCGUUUCAAGCACAAGGUUCUCAUAUUAUUCAAGCUUCUGCUUCUGGAAAAGAAGGUCAUGUUUGUAGGCUCCCCAGUUCACAAGCUAGUCUCUCCAAUGAUUGCUCUGCUGUCUCUCUUUCCAGGCAUGAUAGAGUAUGGCCUACUGGAAUCGUCAUGGUACAAGCCACACAGCAGUGUGUCCUCGGAACGCGACGUAACAGACAUCAGCACGGAUGAAUUUGUGUCUGUGUCCGCAUCGGACAUCCCCGAGCCUGGCGAGUCUCGUUCCCAGUCGGAGGACACCAACGGGCAGCUGGACGAGAACAGCCCAACUCCGGACAGUGACACGAGCCUCGGCCGAACGCCCACGGCAGUCGUGCUGCUCAGGCCAGAGGAAGAGUCGGCACAGCGCUCCCAGGACCGGCUCAGCCCGUACCGCUCGCGCAAGAUCCCGCCCUCGCCGGCUUCCUCCGAGAGCGACUGGGAAACUCUCGACCCUGGACUGGAAGGCGAAGACCUGGGACCACUUGCCACAAAGGCACAGGAUCAGGACUAUUCUGUGGAGCAUGGCGUGGGAUCUCUCAUCUUGUCACCGGCACAGGAUGAAGAGAGCGCAGCGAGGGCGACGUCCCUUCUUCCCGUAGCGCCGUUAGGCCCGGUCCACGUGGCGCAAGUUGGCAAGCAGGAUGAUCAAGCGGCCAAGCGUGACGUUCACGUGCCGGGAAUUGUGUCUGGGUUGGAGGAGGACCUACAUGGUAUGCCGUUGCCCAUCUUCACCAAGGGCUAUCUGCUGCUGCCCUACAUGGCUCUCCAGCAGCAUCACCUCCUCUCGGACGUGUCGGUCCGCGGGUUCCUCGCAGGUGCCACCAACGUCUUGUUCCGCCAGCAGAAACACCUCUCGGAUGUCAUCGUCGAUGUGGAAGAGUGUCGGCUGGAAAUACAGGACCCAGAGCUGCGGCGCAUGCUGGCGCUUGGCACGGCUGAUCUUCGCUUUGCAGACUGGCUGGUGAAGCAUGUAGCAGAUAAUCGACAAGACGUCUUCCUUGACGGCACGGGUUGGGAGGGUGGCGAUGAGUGGGUGCGGAGCCAGUUCUCCUUCUACUUGCUGUCGCUCCUGUCGACCACAUUGCAGCCAGACAAUGAGAAGCUUUUGGCUGAUUUUGGUAUGGGCUUUGUGACUGCUUGGCAAAACACACACAAUUAUCGUGUGUGGAACAGCAACACGCACCCUGGAAUGGAUGAUGUCCAAGCAGGACAUGCUUUUCAUGGGCAGUAUAGUGUGGCUGACGUCAAGUUGCGUCUUGCUCACUCUGUGUCAAACAGUGAGCGAGGCAAGAAGAUUGGGAAUGCUGUGAUAACUACAAGUCGCUCCGUAGUACAAACCAGCAAAGCUGUUGGCCAUUCCGUUGGGGGAGCCCUCACCAACGCCAAGAGUGCAAUGUCAUCUUGGUUUACCAACCUAACCACACAGCCAGCUGAAAAGCAGCCCGACAAGGACUGAGGACAAACCACAUGACCCGAUUGGAGGCAUCACUUUCUGAAUGUGGGCCAUAAUGAGCAGUCCUAUCCACUCCACUGCCCGUAGUGUCAGCCUGUGUGAUUAACUCUUGCCUUGCUGUUGCUUCUCGAUUUGCAAUAUUCUUUUUGUUUUCAACUUGUAAUUGUGUUGCGAGGCAUAGGUCUGCCCAGUGGCUUUUUUAAAAUGGUAUCUCAGCAUUUGCAACUAUGUCCAGAGUCUCUGGUUUAUUACCUGAGAUAGCCUUUGCAAAAAACAUGAGUAGCUUUGUGUUGUACGACUCUUUAGGUUCUUCCCUCCCCCCACACAAGUAUGGCUUCAUGUUGACUGAUGCUUAGUUACAUGUUACAUUUUCUUUCCUUCCUGUUAAAAUCUGACAGUGCAUCCGAGUUAUUAAUCAUUGUGAUGCUCCAUUUCUGGAUGAUUGAAUAACUACACUGCGAUUGACACCAUUACAUUUGUACACUCAUUGUAUAAUCGUAACUGUUUAAAUGCAGCUCCCAAAAUAAUGGAGUGCUUUCACAUUAUGUGAGCAUCAUGUGAUAAUUUCUAAUGAAUGUGCAAUCAGUAGCUCUUGCAAAGCCUCGUAUAGCAGUUUAUACAUGAAACCUUUGUUUACAGCUCCCUGUCACUUGGAGACAUGUAUGUUUUACUGUAUAGCCAUGCAAGUUCAUGGGGAUAUGCAUAGCACUUCUCAAGAAAUAUUGAUCCUGUCAAGUCCAUGUUGAUGUUGAGUCUUCUCGAUUAGCUAUCCAUAAUAUUCAAGGCGAAGCACGUUAGUUUACGAUAGUGCUACAGUAAUGGCUCUAGCAGAUAAAUCCACUUGGCAGUACAACAUUAAUCAACCACAAUGGCUAAGAAUUCAGAUAAUCGUGAGGACUGCUGUACUUUGUGUCACCAGCAUUUAUAAAAAGAAUAAUUGGAUUAAUCAUGGGCAUUAUCUUGAAAGGUACACUUCUCUAGCUCCUAACACAGAUAUUUGGGUGAAAAGUAACAUUCCAAGAGAUAUUUCCUAUAAAUUGGUAAUUUUACACAUACGUGUACGAGCGAAAUAUCUGACUUGAAGCUAUUUGUGGUUCCAGAAAGUUUGUGCAUGCUGCAUAGUGGAAAUUAGGCAUUCCACUCAACCCUUGGUAUACACCAGGCCACUUCAUGCAAUGUACGAAAAUAAGCUUCUCUACUUAUUCCUUUUGAAAGCAGCUGAGAGGAUCAUUCAUAGAUGUGUGCAAUAUUGAGUGAUUUCUGUGACAUUCCUGUCUCAAAAUAAUAAUGGAUCAGUCGAAACAGAAUGGGACCCAUGAUGUGGCAAGGCAUUUUACAGGUUGCUUUUGUUAGUAAUUGUUUUACUGUAGACCUCAGAUAUUUAUCAUCUGUAUGGUAUAAUACAGUUUUGAUGACUCGAUUUUUGUGUAGUUUUGGGAGCUAUUUUAAGUGUGCAUGGGUAAACGGGUAAACUGUAGGAUAAUUUUAUUAAAUAAUAUUUAUAGUCCUUUUGGGUUUUGUAUGCAAGAUACGAGAUACAUUGCAUUUGAGCUCUCCUAUGACUUGUUUUUUGGGUUGUAUUGUGUCUUGUUCGUCAUGUCCAUAGUUUCGCUCCACGUGCUGGUAGCCUCUCCAGCACAUGGUGUGAAACAUUAGACAUCAUUCCGAACAGCACGUAGUAGCACAUCCUGAACAUCCACGGAGAGCCGUACAGCAUAACUGCAAAAACCUACAAGGUAGUAUAUUGCUUUUAACAUUCGCAGUAAUCUUGGAUUCAUACGUGAAGGUGUACUUUCUACAUUGACACGGCCAAUGUGAUGCAGAUUUUGCUCAUGUCGAAUUGACCACUCCAUACCUUAGGCCUCAGCCACUAUCGUAGUAUUGAAUUUAUGUUGUAUGUGUUUAUCACUACAUCGGUCAUCAAUUACAUUAUUAGUCAUCUGUAUUCCAGAGAAAUAAGUAUCCAGUAUUCUCUUCAAAUGAACCAUAUAUUGAGCAGCUCAUCGUUCCCAUGGACCAAAGGAGUGACUGCCACUCGCUGUAUUGGACAUCAUUUGGGUUUUACACACUUUUAGUUGGCACUAGUAAUCUAACAAAUGGUAGUCGUAGAAAUAUUAUAGUUGACAAUUGUGGCUUGUAUAGUAAUAGCGUAAACAAAACGGUUUAAUAUAAGCUAGUGAUGUUACUGCCUCUCGUAGGUUAGAGCCCAGUUGUGAUUUUGCACAUGUUCCAGAUUGAGGUGCAGAAUCAAUGUUAAAUGUUGUACUAAUGCCAUCCUACAACUAGACCAAACGUGUAUCUCCCAUGUUAUGGUGUAUUUUGUGCAUUUUUAAAUGAGCCUCCAGUUAAUCAAAUUGAAUACGUAUCCCACUGAUUAAAAAAAAAAUAUUGCAUCGUGUGUGGUAAGUUUCAAAAUAUGCAUUUCCGUUUAAUCUUGCAAAACAGUUGAUAUUCGAUAAAAAAAAAAAUGUGUACUAGUGAUGUGUUCUGUUGUCCAACAGUACAGGUAUUGCUCGUUUUAACCUAUUGCCGUCAAUUUUUAACGAAUAUAAUUUGGUUAAAUAAUGUUUUAGGUGCCGUUUAAUAAACUCGUAAACUUUUCCACGAUAUAUAUACUCUUACAAAAAUUGUUAUCUUUGGCAUCAUGAAACCUGCAUUCAAACUUUAACUUGUCAUGAAUUGUGCCUGCUGCACGUAUGAACUUAUACAGGAUAAUGCAGUUAUUUGAAUGUUUACCUGACUUAAUGUUGCAGAAUACAUUCCUAUGAACACCAAUAUAUGGUAAUAUGCUAUUUGUUAAGUCUUGCCAACAGCCUGCAUACGAUGUACUGUAUUUGUAAAUCAUAUGGUAAGUACUAUGCCCAUCUCGUUGACUUGUAUAUAAAAAUCCUUCAACAAUUACAAAUAUUGUACUUGACUUUUCGUUGGGGUGGGGCGGUUAUUGCUAAAUCGUACUAAUGCAAUUGGUAAUAUCUAACGAUGUUAAUGUUUAUACCUUGACUUUGCUUUACACGUAAUACGCUACUCUUCAUUCACCAUGCACCACCAGACAUUUGGUACAGUACCACAACAAUUCAGUGGUACUGGCAGCAUCAGCCCAAUAUUCUAGGCGAUGUCAUGAUUAUUUCAAGUGCUCUAUAUCGUCUGUGAGACGAACUGCAGUUGGUGUUUGUAAAAUGUAAAAAAAUACCCCGUGUGUCAUUGCUACUUGUUACUGUCAACUAUAUUCAAUGAGCGUUACCUCUUUGGUGAUUGCUGAGUGGUGACAUUGUAAAUACUGUACAUAUAAUGGUAUUGUAUAUCUGUGAGGAUGUUAAGAAUGAUGCCCAAUAUGUUGCGCAGUGACUUCUGAAGUACAUUGUCAAGCUUGUUGAAUACCAAUGCCUUCUAGUGGCGUAAUGAGGCUCAAUUCAGUGCUGUUAAUGUCAGCUUGUCCAGGAUUCAAUGGUGAAUGGUCAGAACUCAUAUCGGAAUGGCACUUAAAGGAAUGCACCAUUCUGGAGAUGGAUUGAUUCAAUCCGGUCGUGUCCAGGUGGUAGAUGACUUGCUACAUUGCCAGACCAUAUGGCUGGAUUGAGGAGGGCUUCAUCCAGCAGUGGAUUAAUAUAGCUGAUGACAUUGAUAAGAUUGUGUUAUGCAGUAGCGCCUUUAGUGUAUAUUGAAGUGUUUCUGCUUAAAAGCCUGGAUUUGGAAGGCAACUGAAUUGCUGAGAAUGUAGAUUUUCAAACAUUAAAGAUAUUAAAGUAUCACAGUAUUUGUUUUAAAAUAUAUACGUUUAUGGUAUUUAAAUGUAAUGUUCCAGUUUUGGAAAUCCCUAUAACUUUUCAUUUAAAGGGUAAAAAUGUAUACUUCAAUAUCAUUUUGGCAAAAAAAAUAAGAUUGUAAAAUUAAUGUCGAGGAAAACUGAGACUACAAUAAAAUCAUCACCUAUUUUUGUAAAAGUUAAAUAAACAAUGGAAAAGUCUAAUUAUAAAAUAAGUGUACUGUGGGUUUGCAUUGAGACGUAUGAAGUAGUAUUGUAAAUUUAUCACGUGUAUAAUGCAUAUGGAAAACUAAGAAAUUUUAAGUAAAAUAUAAUAAGUUCCCCCGUUAAAUGUCUGCUAUCCUUGGAAGGAAAUGUCACGAUUAAAUAUGAAUAAAAUAUGAAUGCAAUGCAUUUCAAUUGUUACCUUGAAAAAAGUAUGGAAAAAUACAUUGA